CCCAAAGCCAGCCAAAGUAACCGGGUGAAUCUUCAUCAAUACCGAGUCAGCGACCCCUGGCAGCAUCUAUGAUACGACCGAGCAAACUUCAGCCAUGAAACUACCACGCCCACCGCUGCUCCUGAAAAGCAGAAUAGCCCCGCCGGCCCCCUCCCGUGUGAUAUCUACAACCACGAAAAAUGUGCGACCAAAGACGGCGAUAUUCUUCCCCGGCCAAGGUUCUCAAAAACAGGGAAUGCUGACCCCGCUCACAAAAGCUUUCCCAAAGACCGUCAUUCCACUUUUAGACCGACUCGACCUCAUCUUGCCCGGCCUACGCCCUGUACUUUUCGAUGGCCCGGGCUCAUAUCUGACUGAGACGCAAAACGCCCAGCCCGCAAUCCUCGUCUCGUCCAUUGCAAUCCUCCGCGUUCUCGAGAAAGACUUCGGUGUCGACCCUACAAAGUUCGAUUACUUCUUCGGCCACUCCCUAGGAGAAUUCACCGCGCUCGUUGCUGCCGGAAUAAUCUCCCUGGAAGACGCACUCAUGCUUGUCCGCCAGCGCGGGAUGAGCAUGGCUGUAGCGACGGCAAACAGCGAGGACGAAGUCGGCAUGUACGCGCUCAUCGUGGAAAAGGGCCAGGUGAAGAACCUCGAGCAGCAGAUCAGCGAAUUCAUCGACAGUGAGGCACUCGGCGAGGACGAGUUCCUCAGCAUCGCCAACGUUAAUUCCUCGACGCAAUUGGUUGUCAGCGGUCAUGUGAGGGCCAUAAUGAACUGUGUCGGCCAAAUACGGAAGUUCAAGGGCAAUGAUCCGAGAGCUAUCAGGCUGAAUGUUUCGGCACCGUUUCACUCCGGAAUCGUGGCGCCUACCGUGUCGGUUGUUCGUAGGAUGUUGCGGGAAAUAGAUAUGAAAGAGGAAAAUGUUAGGAAGGUUGUUUCUAAUGUCAGUGGGCGACCGUACAGGCAUUUGAUAGAGAUGCGAAAUAAUCUUCCAUGGCAGUGCGUUAAGACUGUGCGAUGGAAGGAUAGUAUCGAGUGGCUGGAGAAGAAUUGUGGUGUGAGUAGAUGGGUGGGCAUUGGCCCCGGCAGGGUGCAGACAAAUCUCGUGGGACAAGAGGUGAAGGGUGGGAAGGCUAAUGUUGUCGCGGUGGAGGGUACGGAUAUUAAGAGGAUGGAAGAUGCUGCGGAGGCUCUUGGGAAUCUGUAGGGGUUAGUGUACGUGUGGGGGUUGGAUACAUUCGGGAUAUACAGCACUGAGGCGCUAGGAUUAUAGGAUUUUAUCGUAAGAUGGGCUGGUUAAAGAAAAAUGUAUAUUAGUUAAGGUUCCAGUUUUUUCUGUGUAAUUCCCUUACGGGUUUAAUAAUGCACCCCCCUCCCACAACUGGCUCGUCCAGCGGGAAGGCGCUGAUACAGGUU